UGCCGCUGUUAGUCCGUCUGGCGCAGUCGAGCGGCGGGCACGUCGUAUAAGAGAUCCAUUAAAGAAUAUUUUUCAAACAUUUAUAAACUACGUAAUAAAUUCAUUUUAUUCGAUUAAACAUACACAUUAAUACGAACAAUUUGUUCGCCCAAAAGUUCCGAGGGCAAUCUGUUGUAUAGAUCGAAAAGAAAAGGGAAAAAAAAGAAAGAAGAAGAAGAAGAAGAAGAAGAGGAAGAGGAAGAGGAAGAGGAAGAGGAGGAAGAGAAAGAAGGAAAAGAAAAAAGAAAAUAAACAAUUUUUUCUUUUCUCUCCCCUUCGGAAAAAAUAUCGAACGUUGACUCGUUCGUUCGAUCGGUCGUCGUGGUCCUGGUUUUUUUUUUCCUUCUUUUUUUUUUUUUUUUUUUUAUCCUUCUUUCGUAGUAACACAAUUUUUCGUUUGACUAGCGCGAAGCUAUCUCUCUCUUGGUGGUUGGUCAAGAUGGCCGAAAAGAGCGACUCAAUAACGCCGGGUUCCACGUCGGCUACGUUCGGUCAACAAAAUAAUAAUAAUUCAUUGUUUCUAACGAGUUUCGUCGAGGAAAUCAUUAAAAGUCCGAUUAAUCUUUUAUUGGUCGGUAUAAUAGCCCUACUCGUUUAUAAAAUAAUUAAGAGUAAAAUUAAAUCGGAGGAACCAUUGGAAGAGAUCAAACAUUUACCAAAAUUACAUCGUGACUUUACUAUCGAGGAAUUGAAAAAGUAUGACGGCAAUGGGACCGACGGAAGAAUAUUGGUUGCACUUAAUGGAAGCGUUUAUGAUGUUACAAGAGGUGCCACGUUCUACGGCCCUGGUGCACCAUAUGCAGUAUUUGCUGGACGUGAUGCUAGCAGAGGAUUAGCAACAUUUACAUUAGAACCGAUUAAAGACGAGUAUGAUGAUUUGAGCGAUUUAGACAGUGAACAAAUGAGUUCUAUGAAGGAAUGGGAAUUGCAAUUUAAAGAGAGGUAUGAUUAUGUUGGGAAAUUAUUAAAACCGGGAGAGGAACCAACGAAUUAUUCGGACGAGGAGGAUGAAGGUAGUCAGCAAGAGACUGAAAAUAAAUUGGAUCAACAAAAUGCAAAAUCUGACAUCUGUGAAAUCAAAAAUAAAGCAAAAGAUGAUUGACCGCCCCGUUCUGUGUCAAAAAUGAAACAGGAAUUUUGGGAAUACACUGAGCGCACAGAGUUGUUAAGGAAAUUUUUAGAUUUAUCAUUCGUAGAAAUGUUUACGAACGUUCAGCCGAAUAUUUUAUUAAUUUUUAACAAUAUUUCUGGAAGAUAAGUAAGGUAAUAUCUUUUAGUUAAAUCUAAAACUCUGAGCUGGUGUUUCGUAUAAAGACUUCGUUUGAGUGCCUGAUUUCGACAAAAAGAAACAUACAAACAAAUACACACACACACACAUACACACACACACACACACACACACACAUAUUCCGAUUAUUAUAUACAAUCUUUUUAUAUAUGUACAAAGAAUUUUUCUACAAAAGUCACGUCAAAAAUUUCUAUUAGACAGAAUUUAAUAACUCUCGCUAUGUUUCAAUCAUAUUCCACUAUAUUAAAAUGACACGUGUGUUUGUCAUCACCUGUCAUGUCUUACUAUGUUACGUUGAGAGCAUAGAAUAAUGUGUACUUGGUGCCCCUGAAAUUUAACAAUAUUAGCGUUAAGUUUCAGUUGCAUUUGAAUAUUAGUCUUAGGUUCUGCAAUAUUUUUUAUGUAUGUGUAUAUACAUAUAUAUACACAUAUACACACAAAUGUAUGUGUAUAUCCAUAUAAUAUAUAUAUAAAUAUAUAUAUAUAUAUAUAUAUAUAUUAUACAGCUCUGUUACUCCGUUUAAAGUGCAUCUUGAUUUUAAAUAUUAAAUUAUAAAGUUUAUGUUAAUAACAAUUGACAAAUAUUCCAAAUUUCUUCAAACUUCUUUGCAAUAUAGAAAAUGUUUUUCUUUUCUUUUCUUUUUUUUUUUUUUUUUCCUUUUUUUUUUCUUUUUUUUUUUUUUUUUUUUUUUUACAGAAAAUCUUAAUUCUACUCUUUAUGCUUUAUUAUGAUUAAAAUAUCUCUGAUAAUAAAUUCUUAGAAGAAAAUUAAAUCUUAACAAAGGAUGAUGUUUAUGAUGAAUAUUGCAAAUGAAAAGCAUAUUCUAAUGCCAAGUAUUAAAACAUCUAAUCAUCCAAUUGAUUAAAGCAAAAGAAUGAAAGAAUUUCUUUAUAAAAAGAUUUUACUACAAUGAAAUUGAAAUCUUUCUUUGUAUGCAUUAUAAUUUAAACUCUAUCCUUUUUAUAUAUAUAUACAUAUAUAUAUAUAUAUAUAUAUAUAUAUAUAUAAAAUAUAUAAAAACAUACACAGAGCUUUUCCCUCCGCAGCAUUUAAUAAUAUUUAAAUCUAUACAAUUGUUCUUGUUUGUAUAGGCAAGGAGGAUUUUGUAUUAAUUACAAUUAUGAAAAAAGAAAAAAAAAACAUUGUAUUUGAUCAUAUUAUUAUUUUCAACAAGAUAAAACAAAGAUUUAUUAGUCGAAUUCAUCGAAAUCUACAUUUAAAAAUAAACUUGUAAAUAAUUCUUCUUUGUAAGUAGAUUUAUAUAUAAUAAGAAUAUGCAUACAUUAAUAAUUAAUUAAUUAAUUAAUUAAUUAAUUAAUUGAUUGAUUAAUUAAUUAUGUUUCACUUAAGCGAGAAGUUGAUUUCAUGAGUUAUAUGUUUAUUCUCGUGUUAGGGGUAUUCAAGUAAAUUCAUGAUUUCGAUAUAAUUUAUUUGGAAAUAUGAUUUUUAUGUUUGAAAUUAUAUAUCAACUUUAAUUGUU